CAAGUACUUUCCUUAUUUCUUCACUUCUUCUUCAUCGCCGUCUCCAAAAACUCUUAAGCUUUCCGCUUUCUGCGAGAUCAAUCAAAUUCUACAAAAAUGAAGGUUGUCGCCGCUUUCUUGCUCGCCGUUUUGAGCGGAAAAGCUUCCCCAACCAGUGGAGAUAUCAAGGAUAUCCUCGGAUCAGUUGGUGCUGAAACAGAGGAUUCUCAGAUUGAGCUUUUGCUAAAGGAAGUGAAAGGGAAAGACUUGGCUGAGCUAAUUGCUGCCGGAAGGGAGAAGUUAGCUUCAGUGCCAUCUGGUGGUGGUGGUGGUGUUGCGAUGGCUUCUGCUCCAUCUGCUGGUGGAGGAGGUGGUGCUGCUCCUGCGGCUGAGGCCAAGAAAGAAGAGAAGAAAGAAGAGAAAGAAGAAUCCGAUGAUGACAUGGGUUUCAGUCUGUUCGAGUAAGGCAGUAAAGCUUGGCUUUUCCGGUUUUUGUUGUCAUCUUUUUAUCUUUUCAUGUUGUAACGUUUUGAAAUCUAUAUGUUGUUGUUUAGUUUUGUAUUCUUCACUCAUCUUUUUAGAUGUUGCUGAAAAUUUUUAAGAGAUUUUUACUCAAAAACAUCAUUCGCUUUUGUAUUUCAAUUUCUAGAUGUGUUACCUCACAA